AUGCGGCAUAAGGAGUUGUGGGUUGUAUGUGGGUUUUCUGAGUAUGAUGGCUGUAUGAGCAUCUGUGAAAACCUUUCUAACUGCAGUUCGUGUAUUAAUGACGCAAAUGUAACAGGCUGCAAGUGGAUCAGAUGUGGAGAAAACCUGUGUGUAAAUGAAACAGAACUAGCUUUGAAAUAUCCCAACUGUACAGCUGAAAAACAGUGUUCUUCUCCUACAGUUGUUCCUCUUGCCAGUACUGCUACACCACUUUCCAAUACUACCACGGCGUCUUCCAAUACUACCACGGCGUCUUCCAAUACUACCACGGCGUCUUCCAAUACUACCACGGCAUAUACUACUAUAGCUAACACGACCAAUGUACCGACACAUGCUCCUCUACCUACAACUGCCAUUACUUCAGCUGCCAGAACAACCAGUAUUCCAGGUACAAAUGCUACUGUGACUCCUGCACCUUCUUCACGCAAAUCUACGUUUGAUGCUGCGAGUUUCAUAGGUGGAAUUGUCCUUGUUCUGGGUCUGCAGGCUGUUAUUUUCUUUCUGUACAAAUUCUGCAAGUCAAAAGACCGAAACUAUCACACACUUUAGGACCUGCCACUUUAUAAUGGACUAGUAGCCCAACACCUGUAGUUCACUGAACCAAAAUAUUUUCUGUUGCUCAUGGAAGACAGCAGUUCAUAAUACCCUUUAAAUCUCUAAAAGAAGACUUUAAAAGAAUAUUUUUGCAACAUUAUACUUGGCAAGAGGUGAUACAAAUCUCUUCAACAGGAUUACUUGCAAUAUGCUGCAUGGGUUCUAAUGGCCGUCUUAUUUUCCUUUAGUGGCUGCUGCUGUGGGACUUUUUUUUUUUGAUAUGCCAAAUGUAGACGUUCAGAGAUUCUUAUUUGGUGGCAACACUGUCUUGAGUAGACAAUCUCAUGAUGACUUAUUGUGAAGGCUAAUUUAAUCAGCAUUUGAUACAGUAUCCCUUCAGUUUUAUCAAGAUGUGAAUUAUUGGUGACUGACUUCAGGGAGUGAAAUACCGUUUAUACUAGCUUGUGGCUCUUAUAGCGUGCUGCUAGGAAGAUGAACAAAACUGUAGAAUUAGAUAACGUCUU